AUGCAGCUGCGCUGGAGCGGCCACCUGGUGCGCAUGGACGACGAGCGACUACCCAAACGACUCUUCUACGGAGACGUCGCGACGGGUUCUCGCCGUCAAGGAGGCCAAAUUCGCCGUUACAAGGAUGCCCUGAAUUCCUCCAUGAAACGCCUGCAAAUCAACCCCACCAACUGGGAGGAGCUCGCACUCGAUCGACCGACCUGUAGGUGGACAGUAAAGACAGGCGCUGCGAUCUACGAAGCCAACCGCAUCGCUGCCGCCAAAGCGAAACGCGAAGCCCGCAAAUCACAACUUCGCCCAGUACGCAACGCCGACGCACAACCGCUUCCAACGUGUCCUCGAUGUCAACGGACAUUGCGGGCUCGAAUCGGACUUGUUGGACAUCUUCGGAUCAACUGUACCUCUCGGAACGCACCAAUAGCCGUCCUCCUCCUCCUCCUCCUCGCCCACUGCUCCAACGACGGCUGCUCAGGCGACUGUCCCGCGCGCAACAAGCGACACUACCACCACCUCCCCCGACUCCAGCGAUGAGGAUCAGGACUACACCUGCCCUCACUGCGACCGCACCUUCACCUCACACAUCGACCUGGUCGAUCACUUGCGAAUCCAUCGCACAGAGACUGGCGAACCAGUGCCUGAAGCACCAACCUACACCCAACGCACUCGCCUCCACUACCCACACUGCCCUCCCACCUUCAGGCAUCGCAUGGGCCUUUUCGGCCACAUGCGCAUCCACGAGAGCGGCCUUCACCGCACUCCCGGCACACCCACCACAUCCACCAUGCACACUUCCACCCUCGCUCCAUCGCCCUGCGCGCCCAUCACCACCACCAUCACCGCCUCCUCCGUAGCUAACAUUGACGCCGCCGACUUCUCAUGCCCACACUGUCCACGCACAUUCACCUCACGCAUCGGCCUGGUCGGUCACUUGCGAAUCCAUCGCACAGAGACUGGCGAACCAGUGUCUGGAGCACCCACCUAUACCCACCAAGCUCGUCUCAACUGCCCUCGCACUUUCAGGCAUCGCAUGGGCCUAUUCGGCCACAUGCGCAUCCACGACGACCUGCGGUAG